UUGGCUGUUUACAUGUUAGUAGCAUCCUUCAGCCCGUGCAACGCAGGCUAGAGUGACUGUUAGGAAGGGUACAUGCAACCCCUCCAAAAAAGGGAAAUGAAAAUCGAGUUAUUUCCUUUACGUUCGAUUUACGUCAUAUUAUCCGGCUUCAGACAUACAAUACAAUCAGAACGAUAAGACACUUACUGUAAAAUGAAAUCGAAUCCAACUGAAACAACUACGAUAUAUAAAGGCCUUUCUCGAUAGUUGCACGUAAUAAGUGAAGGGUCUUUCAGGGGCUGACUUCUCCGCGAACACGGAACAUCUCUGCCGUCGGAGUCCAAUUUUGCCUAAUUUUGAUUUAGGGGUUUGAAUUCUACUGAGGUUAAAUGGAGCGAGAAUUAAGUAAGGAACGAAAACCUGCGAGUCGCUUGCCGUCGGAGCGAUUUCGUCGCUUCGUGUACUUUGUUGCAAUUGCGUGCAUGAUUUCUUGCAUCGUAGUUCUGUUUAUUUCACUGGUCUCCGUGCAAAGGCGAAUGGUUUUAGUAGAAAACACGCUCAGUGAGAUUUCUGAAGAAAUGAAACAACUCCGGUCCAAGAAUGAGGCUAAAGAAUCGCCCAGCGCUGUACACGUAAGACAUGGGCGAAAUGCAAACCCCACAACAACUUUGGCUGACCUUACAAAGAGGAUUAUCGCACUAGAAAGCAGGUCCUCGUUCCGAGGCCGAGACGGAAGAGAUGGCAUGCCAGGGCCCCCCGGACCUGCUGGACGGGACGGUAGAGACGGAAGGGAAGGUCCCGCGGGACCUCGAGGCAUUACUGGAUCAAAAGGUAUCUAAAGCUUGCUCUUCUCGUUUCUCUUAGUUUGUAGCAUUUACCUACUCUUUGAACAGUCCGCUGCAUGCUUUGUUGUUGUUGUUAUUGUUGUUUUCUUUUGCGAUUGAUUUUUCAUUCCAUCCAAAACCCCUGCCUCCGCUUCGAGGAUGUUUGAGUUGCAAGCAAAAUAAUCAAUAUUUGCUAUUGAUUUAGCUUGAGAACCCGACUGGGCAAUGCAUUGGCCAAGUUCUAUUUUGCCAAUUUAGUUGCAAAGCCUGCAGCUCGAUCCAGAAACUUGCAAAAAAUUACGAGACCAAUAUUGUCCAACUGCCAGACCGAACGUAUUCAUUAGAAAGUCUCUGCUUAAAAAUUACUGUGGCCUAACGAUCCGUUCUCGGUAGACGCGCACCGCGUGAGUUGCUUUCGUGAAAGUUAUUAUGUGAACAAGAAUUGUGCGCCAAAUGUGAAAAUAAUAAUAAUAAUAAUAAUAAUAAUAAUAAUAAUAAUAAUAA